AUGAGUGUUGUUGGGGCUACGCUUCUGAUCUCUGCAUGCCUAUGUUUCUUCUAUGUGGUUUUGGGGUUCCUUCACAGGGUGAUAUGGCAACCCUUCUGGACGCAGAGAAUCCUUUCCGCGCAAGGAAUCAAGGGGCCUUCCUACUGUUUCCUCCUGGGGAAUGCCAAAGAGCUCAUCCGUCUCAGAAACGAAGCAUUGGCGAAACCCAUGACCGCUCUCUCUCACGAUAUUUCUCACAGGAUUCUGCCUUACGUCUCCGUCUGGGCCAAGAACUAUGGGAGGGAUUUUGCCUUCUGGAUUGGACCGCGAGCUCAGCUGGUGGUGACGGAGCCAGAAAAGAUUAAAGAGAUAUUGUGCAACAGAUAUACCAACUUCCCAAAAGCAGAGUUAUACUCCUUCUACCUUAAGAAGAUUUUCGGACAAGGCCUUCUCAUCAGCGAAGGUGAACAAUGGAGCAAGGUUCGGACACUCACCGUUUCUGCCUUCCACGGCAUGAGCCUCAAGGGUAUGUUGGCAGACAUGGUUGCUUCUGUGGAGAUGAUGUUGGAGAGAUGGAAGGAAAAGGAAGGCGCAGAGGUUGAGAUUUAUGAAGAGCUGAGGACACUGACGUCGGAAGUGAUUUCCAGGACAGCCUUCGGGAGUAGCUUUGAAGAAGGGAAGCAAAUCUUUGGCAUGCUUCACAAAAUGAUGGCGCUUGCCGAGACUAAUAUGUAUACUAUCAGGCUGCCUCUCAUCAGCAACAUUUUCAAAACCGCAGACGAAAUGGAAGCUGAGAGGUUGGACCAGGGGAUUGCAGACUCCAUUAUUGAGAUAGUGAAAAGGAGAGAAGAAAAGGUUAAAUGCCAACAAGAUGUUGAUAGUAAUGGGUAUGGGAGUGAUUAUCUAGGGUUGCUAAUACAAGCUCACCAUGAUGAAGACGAAACCAAGAAAAUCUCAAUGGAGCAACUGAUUGACGAAUGCAGAACAUUGUAUGCUGCGGGACAAGAAACUGCCAAUGCCGCACUUUCUUGGAUGAUUUUGCUUUUGGCAAUCCAUCAGGACUGGCAAGAAAAAGUUCGAAACGAAGUUAUCAGUAUAUUUGGUCACGAAAAAUGCCUCGAUUUUGAUGGGAUUGCAAGGCUCAAAAUUACGGGUAUGUUCAUCCUUGAAACUCUAAGGCUCUACACCCCAGUUUAUACUGGAUUUAUCCGCGACAUUGGCAAGGAAGCCACGCUAGGCAAGCUAACUGGGCUUGAUGGGGUGCAAUUCCACAUUCCAUUCAUAAUGAUUCACCAUGAUCCCAAAAUCUGGGGAGAAGAUGCGCAUGCUUUCAAGCCAGAAAGAUUCUUAGACGGCAUUGCAAAAGCAACGAACAACAACCCUACUGCAUUCAUGCCCUUCGGGAUGGGACACCAUAUGUGCGCAGGAUCCAAUUUUGCCAUUAACGAAGCCAAGAUAACCAUUGCGAUGAUUCUUCAACGCUAUUCUUUUACUCUCUCGCCUGGAUAUGUCCAUGCACCUCACCCUGGUUUGACACUGCGCCCUGCCUAUGGAAUUCAAAUAAUUCUUAAUGCACUUUAG